CCGCAGCGCAGCAGGAAGUGAACACCUGCGUCAGACUGUAGGAACCUUGUUUUCUGCGUGUUUAGCUGCUGGUGUGACCGAAUGGCUCCGGCUGAGCGCUCAUCAUGAGCUCCUUCCCUGCGCUGCUGCUCCUGCUGGGGGCCGCGGGCUGCGCCGCUGUGGGCAUUCUGUCUGAGGGGGCCCUCACCUGCUCCCGACAGGAUGUGAAUUGUGCAACUAAAUACAGUAACUGCAUGGACCCUGGGUGGCUGGUGAGCCACAGGUACACCCCCAGCGAACCUGCAGAUCUCCAGGUGACAAUAGACACCAGACUAGAUGAUGCAGGACACCUGCAGCCGGUCCUUCAGGCCAACUGGACAUUGAAGGACGAUGUGUCCCGUCGUGUUUCCAAUUGGUUCCAGUGGUCGUUCUCGUCCGCUGCGCUGGUGCUGAAUCCUGGUGAGCAGUACGCCGUGUCCGUUUACAACAUCCCCAAACCAGAGCAGGGCCACAGCAGCAUCGACGUCAGCAGAGACAUCUGGGUCCCAGACUGCGGACAGAGCAAAAUGAAGAUGACCCAGUUUUGCAUUGAGGGAGGCAGCCUGUGGGAGCCUAACAUCAGCUUUGAUGGGACCGCCCACGGCUCCCUGGCGGUCCGCUUCAGCCCUCACGUCCUGUCUAAGGAGUACCUGGUUAUCAUGAAAUGUGGCUCCAUCACAGAGAACCUCAGUGUGAAAACGGUGAGACCCAACCUCACGCCUAUCACCGAUUUUAUAAGGGAGCCGCUUCCAACCACACGUUCCCUGACGUCCUGGUAUGGGGCUGUUGGAGGCGUGGCCAUGUUCAUCAUAGUGGCAGUAAUAAUGUGCAUCCUUUGCAGAAAACAUGGUAAACGUCCCAACAUUGAAUCUAAAGAAGAAGGUGGAGAACUGCGGGUGCAGCUCAAACAAGCUCCCAAAGUGAUGGUCAUUUACUCCCAUGACCACAGCCUCUACAAGGACGUAGUGCUCAAACUAUGCGCCUUUCUCCAGGACAAAUGUGGCACCCAGGUGGUUGUAGACCUGCUGGACAACUCCUCCGUCAGCAUGUUGGGUCGUCUCCGCUGGCUGGAGUGGCAGCGGCAGCAGCUGGACCCGUCGGACAAGAUCCUGGUGCUUUGCUCUCCUGGCGUUCAGGCCAAGUGGAAGGCCAUGUGUGGUCAUGGUCGGGUGACUCUGAAGCAGGAUCUGCUGUCUCCUACAGAUGACAUGCUGACUCCCUUUCUCAAUCUCUUCCUGCCGGACCUGCACCAGGCGGGCAUGUUGGGGAAAUACAUGGUGGCUUACUUUGAGGACAUCUGCAGUGAGAGAGACGUACCUUCCGUCUUUGACAUUGGAAUCAAAUACAUCCUGAUGAAGCACUUUGAGGAACUCUACUUCCGCAUCUUAGACAUCGAGAGGUAUCAGCCGGGCCAUGUCAAUCACAUCGAGGGAAUCGGAGUGGAUGAAUACUUCAACUGUGCCUCAGGUAAAGCCCUCAGAGAUGCCAUAGAAACCUUCCACGCCUAUCAGAUAGAGGACCCCAAUUGGUUCGCAAAGGAGGUGGUUGGCGAUGUGGAGGAAGUCCUUUCUGAGACCAACCAGCUCCUCCCACCACUGCAGACCCCUCCUGUCCUUGAGUGCAUCCCUCCAAUCAGAGAUCAGCUUCCAGUCUACGUUCACAGCGUUGAUACGAAGGAAGAGAUCAACUCUGUUCACAUCCUUACGCCUCACUUAAACCCAGAGCAUCAGCUGUCCUCAGUGGCUGAACUGGUACCAGAUGUGAGUUCUGACUGCAGGCCUCUCUACCAACCCAGCCAGGUGGAGGUGUUAAUAGCAGACCCCCAGCGCUCCGCUGCAGAGUCUCUGUACAUAGCCCAGCCGGUUCUGGGGAAACAACCUUUGCUUCAACAGAACUUGGUUUCGCUCAGGGAACCAUCCUCACUUCAGAACUGUAUGGAGGACGAUGAGAGAGGUUCCUCACCAAGCCCGGAUGACUUUCCAGUGCAGAGACGCCCAGUGGAAAUGGAGGAGGAGCUCUUAGAGCCAACCGCCCCACGUUCAAGCAGUGGGUCUGACCAAGGCUACAUCUCCAAGAUGUCCUCCCAGCCUGAAGCUCCUGUUCAAGAGGAUCCACUGAAGUCUUUGGUCAGACUGCAGGAGGCGCUGUUUCAUUCUGAUUACUCCUCCGUAUGUCCUGAAAGCACCUGAUGGGACUGCAGGACCUUCACUCUGGCAGACAGCAGAAGCUUUUUAGCAACUUGAGCUCAUCGUUCUUGGAGAUCUCAGUAAUCUGUGCUCUAAUGUGUUUUUCACACACAGACUCAAAUUCAGCUACUCAUGAGGCAAAAUGUC